AGAAGCGUCUAAACCGACAGAGCAAGCUGGGGUGGGGGUGGGCAUGUCAUCUUCCCCCCCACUGCCAUAGACACAGCAGAGCCCUGGUCCUGGUAUCGGAGUGGCAUGGUCAUAGAUGUUGCCAGGGCAAUGGCGAGCAGAAACCUUCUUACGUUGAGGGCAGAGCUGGACGAACAAACCAAAGGAAUCCAGAAGUUGCAAAAAGAAGUGGAACAAGCUACACAGCAUACAAUAAACCAGUUGUCCUUCUCUAUUCAUGAGAAAUGCCACAAGAAUACCGCCAAUGAUAGUAAUGCCAUCUCCAGGAUAUCACAUGCUUCCAGUUCAGCAACAGGUAAUCACAAUGCGUUAUCGUCUGUGUCUCUUCAAUCCUUAAAAAGACAUCUGCAUGCUGGUCAGACAAUUCAUGGGGAUGGUGGCUUAACAACACAAUGCAGUGCGAUGCAAAAUGGCCUGGAUGGAACCACCUGCCUGAUUGAUAGGAACCCUGCAAAGACAUCGCUGAAUGAAUUAUCCUCCUUCUUCAUAAAUUCACAUAGAAGGCCUGAAGCAAUUACACAAGGGCACCAUCGACACUCCCUCAACCAACCAAUCAAUGAGCUGAAUCUGACGGUUCAGGAACUUAUUAAAAAGAAUGCUGAGAUGGAUAUUAGAUGCAAUGAAUCAAAAGGCCAAGAUGAGGUGAACAGAAAACUUCAAGAUAAAAUACAGGAACUAGAAACUGCCAAUGGAGUGCAGGAGGAGAUGUUGAAGCAGGCUCAUGCCUACAUUGACAUUCUGAAAGAGAUGUUGCAGAAGCGAGAUUACGUACACCAGGAUCUUCAGGGAACCAUUUUAACAUACAUCAAAGCUUCCGGAAAGGAAAUAAUUCCGACCUGUGAUCUCAGUAAUCUUGGAACAUUUGUAGUAAAGAUCUUACAGGAGCAGGCUGAUGACGCUUCUGCUCUCAAAACAAAACUUCAAACUAAUGAAGACCAGCUUAGUUUUUUAGAAAAGGAAUUGGAAGAUAAAGAGAACAGUUUAAAACAGUGUCAGGAGAGGUGUGAUCAUUUUGCUAAGAAGUAUGAACAGGAGAUGGCAGCAAUGAGCCAUGAAAUGAACACUGCUACCAGCCAUGCCGAGACUAUGCAGAAUCAGAUUGAAACAUUCCAGCAGCAGAACACAGAACUUAAGAAUCAUAUAGCAAAUCUGGAAUCUGUAGUGUCUGAACAACGCUCUGAAGUAAGAAGCUGCAAGAGAAAUUGUAAAGACAAGGUGGAAGAGCUCAAUAAGCAGCUAUUUCUAGCCAAUACUGCCCUGGAGAAGGCUCAGAAUGAGCAUACUCUGCUCACUCAAGACUAUGAUAAACAGCUGCAGGAAUUAAAUCAAUUGCAAGAGGCCCAUAAAGUGUGUGAAAAACAGCUGCACUUAGAAAGAGAUUAUAACUGGCAGUUACAGGAAGGGGUAAAUGUCAGUAAGCUCACAAAUGAUCACUUACGAAGAGAGCUGCUAGAACGGAGUAUGGAAGUAGAGCGCCUUCAACGAAUGGUAAAAGAAGUAAAAGAAGAGAGUCAGCAAAAGGAAGAAGAGAAGCUGAAAACUAUUCAAGAUAUGACAGCAAAUGCGAGCGUUAUCACAUGCCAGUUGGAGACCAUGAAAGCUACCUUGCAGAAAAUGACAGAGGAGCUGGCGGUCAAAACGCAAAGCCUGAAAAAUGCUGAAAAGAACUUAAACGAAUCAAAAGUUCAUUUGGCGGGGAAAGAAGAGGCAUUAAAGAAUGCAGUAGACGAACUGAGAAAGCUGCGUAUGUACGCAGAGGCCAAAAAGAAGGAGCUGCUGCAACUUAAAGCAACCUCAGAGCAAAUGUCUGAGAUGUUGGAAGAUACAGAAACAUUAAAGCUGCUUUUGGUGGAAAAGGACAACAUGAUAAAGACUCUGCGAAACCAAAUUCAAACUUUAUCUCGGGUGGUUGAGCAGCAGAAUCAAAAAGUGGAAUCACUGGAAGCAGAGAAGUUCCAACUCCUAGAGGAAGUAUUUCUAAAUAAUGCGUUUAUACAGGAAACUAAGGUUGUGGCAGAGAAGAAAGACAUGAGAAUACAUGAACUGGAAGAGAUUUGUAGGUUGUUAAAUAUGGAAAAAAGCAAACUGACAAAUGAAUGCAUUGAAAAGACUUGUGCAGCCAACAAGCUGAGGAAGGAGAGAAAGGAAAUUGUAGCUGAGCUCAGAGAAACACAACAUGAGCUUGCAUGCCUGUCAGAAGAUUAUGAAAUAUUGAAAAGGAACACCCGAAAUCAAACUGGAGAUACAGAAAAUGCAACGGCCAUUCUUAAAAUGCAGCUAAAAGCAGCUAUUGCUGAGCUGGCACAGACCAAAAACACCAUGAAAACUGUAGAGAAUUGUGAUGGUCAUGCUAUUAAAAUUGCAACAAGAAUGCAGAAAAAAAUCACUGCCAAAAGAGAACAGAUUGAUACUUUACAAACUAGAAUUCAGUUUUUGGAGGAGGCCUUGUCUAAUGCAACAAAGGAUACGCAGCAUCUAAAACUGGGAAAAACAAAGUUACUGCAGAAGUGCGCUAUUCAGGCAGCAGAAAAAAUCAAACUAUGUGAUGUUGCUGAGAUUCUGAAGUCAGAAAAUAUAGCUCUUAAAGGAAAUGUGUUAAACACAGAAGCCACCCUAGACAAGACGUUGUUGCAGCUCUCUGAAUGUCAAGCAGUAAUCCAGCGUCUGGAGCAAGAAAUAACACUUUUGAGAUUACAGCACACACUGGACUUAAAGGAACUCAGAGGUCCAUUUUCCUCUGAGAUAUCUGCCAAAGCAACACGCCAAGUAGCUUCAAAAUCUUUUCUUCAGUGUUGUGAUGUUCCUGUACGUGAAUAUGAUUUGCUGAUCAAAUCAUGCCCUAAAGUUAUCAUGUCUACACAGCCAUCUGGUAAUUUUAACAUGGUGGAACCCUCUGAGGAAGCGAUCAAUCUUUCAGACGGCUUACCUUGUGCGCCCUUUAAAGAUGAGGCACUUCUGAAACUGAGUAGGAAAGCUGACCAUACAUCAGGCCAUAUUUCCAAGGAGCCACUUACUUUGCACACAACUGAUCUUGAAGAUAACGUUUGUUCCUUAUCCCUUAUUAGCUCUGAAAACCACAUUACAGUGAGCCCCUGUUAUACCUCAUCUCUAAAGAAGCAUUACAAAAGCCCCAAAAAUCGACCUAGAUCUCCAGUGUAUUCAUUGUUGACAGCUCCAACCAGUGAAACUGAUAUCUGUGACACAAUGGACCGAAAACUCUUCCUUGAAACCGUUGACGCUGAUAACUUUGUACAUGGUGAACAGCAUAACGAACUUACAGAUAGUACCUGUCAGAUACUCCAGUACAGAUUGGAGUACUUACAAACCAUUGCUGAGGAUCUGCAGAUGAAAAAUAAAGAAAUGUCGCUAAUGAUUGGAAAUCAUGAAAACCAAUGCUAAUGAAGCACAAACGCUGAAAAUCACAGAGUAAACCAAUGCACUUUACUAGGUUUAAAACCCUUUAUUUCAGACCAUUUGAUGAAGACAAUUGCAGUUUCCGAGCAUACAGAAAGAAUGUAAAAUAACUUGGAUGA